AUGGUUAGAUGGGAGAUCGAGAAAUUUUUCGGAAACAACGACUUUGAGUUGUGGAAAAUUAAGAUGCAAGAAAUUUUAAAUAGUGAAGCGUUGAUGCCUGUAGGGCUUACACAUGUACAUAAGAAUGAGAUGUUGGAUAAGGCCAGAAGUGUCAUUAUCUUGUUGUAUCUGAAACAACAACUAUAUUCAUUCCGAAUGGUGGAGAACAAAUUCAUGGUUGAGCAGCUUACAGAAUUUCAAAAGAUUAUUGAUGAUCUUGGGAAUAUUGAAGUGAAGAUUAAUGAUGAGGACAAGGUUUUGCUCCUGUUGAGUUCAUUAUCCAGAUCCUUUAAGCACUUUAAGGAUGUCCUUCUUUAUAGUAAGGAAGGUACUGUUACUUUUAAUGAAGUCCAGACAAUGGUGAAAUCCAAAUAA